AUGCCGCUCUUCUCCGCUGGUCCUGUCGCUCCCUCUCCGCGGCCACCAGGGACCCAUGUUCGCUUCGAAGAUCUCGGGCGCUGUCCACGACUAGCGAGACGCGAGCAACCUACUUCUGCCCGUGACGUACGACCAGACGAUAUCACCGUCAUAGCGGCUUUGGGUGACUCUAUUUCCGCUGCAUUGGUGGCAAGGGCGUCCCCAGACCAGGAGCUUCAUGCCAAGAGGAGAUUGUCGGCGAACCCACUGACGGUUUGGAGCGAGUAUCGCGGUCUCUCCUAUCCGACCGGACUGGACCCGGGGACUAUCUCGCUCGCCUCGAUCUUAUCAAGAUAUACCAAUGUGACAGGCGGAUCUAUGGGGCACCACCUGCCUGCCAGCUGUCCAGCGAAGGUGUGUGGACUGCGAGAGCAGGACGGGCUCAAUGCUGCUAUUUCGGGCAGUGUAGCCAGCGGGUUGAAGGCGCAAGUCUCCGACUGGCUUAUUCCUCGGAUCAGGCAGAUGGAGAUUGAGGAAGACGCGUGGAAGUUUGUCAACGUCGGGAUUGGGGGGAACGACAUCUGCAGCUAUUGCCUGACUCCCGACACCGACAUCCCGAUUGACCAUGCUCCAAAGCAGUUUGGAAAGGAGAUCAAGGAGGCAGUGGAGCAUUUGAGACUACACGUCCCCAAUCUCAUCGUCAACAUCGUCGGACUAUUUCGCAUCUCAGCACUCUACGAGCUCAAGCUCCGCUCCCACUGCACGCUCCCAUCUCCUCCACUCCUCCCGCACAUCCCAUCCUUGGCGUUCGAGUGCUCCUGCGCCCUGCUUCCAACACCGGCGGGCGACAUUGCUCGAGCGAAGAUGGAUGCUCUCGCCGAGGCGUACAAUCAAGCUAUCUUGGGUGUCAUCCACCAGUGGGAGGAGGAAGGUGACGAGAAGCUGGGGGUCAUAUAUCAGCCUGGGGAGGCGAUCGAUCUGGAUUUAUGGCCCGGAGAGGGUCUGAGCGCGGUGGACUGUUUCCAUCCUAGUGAGGAAGGUCAGAAGCGGGUAGGAGCGGGGUUCUGGAAUAGGUUGACUCUGAACCUGGAGGGCAAGGCGAGACCUAUCGAAUGGGAGGAUGAGGUGAUGGUGCGGUGUCUUGAGGAAGGGGAUCGAUUCCCGGUCGGCAAGGUCACAAGACGGUAG